AUAUUUAUACAAUGAAUAUCGAUAUAUUGAUAUUUUGAUAAUUUAUACGUGGAGAAGAAAGUCCAAGGCGAAUAAUGGCAAAUAAACCUAAAAAAGAAGAAGGAAGUGGCAAUGAUUGGGACCAGAGCGAUGAGGACGACAACUGGGACGAUUGGGGCGACGACGAGGAUAAGUUUGUGCAUGUGGAGCCACAGGAUGAACAGGAAAAGCCAGAGACAAGGAAUCCCACCGCAAAAGCAACAGGACACUUGAGUCAAAAACAGGAACUAGGAGCUUCCGUGCAAGCUACAGCUUCUCCGGUAACGGCUACCCCCUCGACGUCGUCACCUUGGGGCCUAUGGGGCGGAAAGUUGAGCUCCGUUCUGAGCACCGCCACCGAGGGACUGGGCACCAUAACCACGCAAGUCAACCAGGGCCUGAACCAAAUAAUUGGUGUGCCCGAUCCAGAGGAAAUGGCUCGCAUUAAUGCCGCUGAAAGGGCCAAGGAUGCACCAGAAUCUGCCAUAGAAAAGAGCAAAACUCCAGCGAAUACGCCGGAAGAGAAUCCAGAAGAUGACUCCGAAUCUGCAGCAGCCUUUGGUCUGGGCUUCGUUACAAAUCUCGGCUCGAAGGUUAUCAACACGGGGCUGGAUACCCUCGAGGGCAUUGGAAAAAAAACAAUGACCAUCUUGCAGGACAAUGAUCCCAAGCUGAUGAACAAGAGGAAACUACUUGGCCUGGAGGCCAACAAACCCAAUCUCAGUGAGGUGCUGUUGGAGGCGAAGAAGGAUGCUGAUCAAAUGGAACAAUCGCUGAUGCAGCUGAGGCUUGAGAAGCAAAAGGCGCAGCUGCGAUUCGAGAUUCUGUUCGAGAACUACUGCGGCUUGGUCCACUUUGAGGCACUCGAAAUCCUGUCCAAGGAGUCGCGCCUCAAACUGGAAACUCUGCUGGAGGCAGUCAGUGGAAAUGCCCUCGCAGAACUGCAGGAAACAAUCAACGAGGUGAAGGAACUGCUUGAGCUGGAGGACCUCGAGUGCGAGAGCGAAGGGGACUACGAGGCGGAGGAGUUAGGCGAACGCCUGGAGGCCACAAUAGCUGAUGCGGAGCUGGGAAUUAAGUUCGAGGAUGUGGUCAAACACUGGUCCCAGUCGCUGGAAUGGCUUAACUCCGAGGAGGCCACCUCUGCCGAUCUGGAAGAGGCGUAUGCCAAGAGCAUCCAUGCUCUCAGCGAAGCCUGCGCCCUGGAAAUAUGCAAGCUGCACAAGAUCGCCGAGCUGCUGCUUGUGAAGCCACAUCAUAGCACGGCCAACGAAGUGGAUGGCGUCGUCAAUCUCUGCAAGCAGUUCAACGGCCACCUUCAAGGACUCAGUCACAGAUACGCUGCCGUCCUGAGCAGCAAACCCGACAAGGAGGAUGCCAAAAGCAAAGUCAGCACCUUCUUUGCCGAAAUGCUAUCUGCGGCACAAUUCAUUGAAAAAGCCUACAAACUAUUUACUCCAAUUCUUCAAAUGGGAGCCGUUUAAAAGGAUUCAAAUUGUUGUACUUGCUAUUUUUUACGUCUACUUAGUGUCCUCAAUAAUGCUUGUUUUCUAUAAAAAUUUCUUGCAAAUCAAUGUGAUAACAUUCCAAAA